UAAAUAUUCCUUUGACCACACUUCGCUUGAAUUGAGAAUAAUUACACACUCUUUAUGAAAAUGGUGAAACUUGAGACAGUUUUUUGCAUAAUUUUGUGCGCACUCCUACUCCAAUGUUCCCAAUGUUGUGGAUGUUCUCGUAAAAGUGAAGCUUCUACGCCUUCCCCACCAAUUGAAGUUCCGACGACGACGACGAUAAGUGAACCAGAAGAAACUGUAUCUCAAGCUGCCCCCAUCCUAGAAAAAAUAAGCAAUGUGUCUCUCAUAAAUCCAGCCAGUGUCACAUUGCGGCUAUUUCGAUUGCUGGGUGCAGAAAAAGUGGCAAAUUCAAACCCAAACGACGAUGACAAGAGUUUUUUUAUCGCGCUUUAGCUCUACAGGUAUCCAACACCACCCUGUUCCUGCAAGGAACCGAUCUAAAUAUUUCAAAUCUGUCAUCUAAAUUCCUUGACGGGUCCCCAGCGUCCCUUCUGCACACGGUUUACUCCGCCUAUAAAAACCAUCACAACCUCGUCCUUCGCCCGGACGACGUUUGGCUCGCCAUCCUGACCCAAUUUUCACACUAUGUCAACAAGAACUCGGCCGCCCUGCGACAUUUAUUCGUAUCCUUCUCCGAAGAAAAGAAAGAGCUCUGGGUGAACUAUACCCUUCCAUUCGUAGAUCUUGUCCCGUUCGAUGACAUGAUUGACCAAAUGGUUGACCUUGUAGAGGAAAACGUGAAUGCCAACUUAUCUUUGUGGAUCCUGCCCAAUUUUACGACCACCACACGAAACGAUAUCGUCACCUCGGGAAUCAUUCUCCUGGCCACGGUGCAGAAAUAUUUCACCUAUAAUUUUGCACGUGCUUCGUGCGGAAUCCCGCAAAUUACCCUGCUAGGUAGGCGGGAAGAUUGGAUUGAGAUACGAGAAAGGAUCGAUAAAUUGCCAAAUUUUGACCUUGAGGGUGCAAGUUUGAUGAAAGAGUGGAGCUCACAAUUUGGCCUAGUUUUGGACCAAUUUAUUAAAGUGAAAACGACGGGGCAAGUUGAUCACGAAUUUUGGGAUGGAAUCGUUCUCCAUGGUGCGUACUCGGGAAGGUGUACCUCCGAGGACUUUGUGGAUGGAUGGAUAACUGUUUUUUCCCCGUUUAACCAGAAUGGCGAAUGGAUUGGUAAACGCUCCACGAAUUUAAGGUACAAGGAUCGUUGCACCAUUGAGAAGGACAAGGUGACUGAAGCCGUAGCAGGGGGACCCGGGGAACAGGAUCGCUUGUUAAGAAUGUUUUAUCCUAAAGAGCUCACUAGUCCUUGGAAUAAGAUUGACUUAAAGAGUGUGAUGGAAGUAGAGAAUCGUGUCAUGUUUCCGCUUAGAAUUAAGGAUGAUAAUGCGGUUGAUCUCGAGGGUGGAGAGUACGAGGGCACCGUGCAUGCGGGAUAUAUGGGGCACUCCGUGGAGGAGGAUGAAGUAACGCUGAAGCCGAUAAUGGGCUGGGUGGUCGCGUUGCAUGGAAAAAGACCAGCAUAUUUGGACAGACGUCGGUUGGGCGAGAAAAAUAUUUUAAAAUUUUAGUACACAUAUAAGCAUAUUACGUAAGGUA